AUGGGAACGGAAAUUUUACUACCACAUGAUUGUUUGCAUGAACGAAUCAGAGUUCCUCCGACGAGUUUUUCCCGGCGAAGAACUUACGGAAAUUUCCAUAAUCAAUAUAACCAUUAUGGUAAUAGUUUUUAUGGCGUAACAAACUCCGGGAGGAUUAACGUUAACUGGAGACCGGUUAAUCGACCGGAGCAGAGAAAACGGGUUGCGGUGCUGGAGAGAAGACCUAGUUACGGUGAUUUGAAAGUAACGACGGAGAGAAGACCUAGCUACGAUGAUUUGAAGAUGGCGAAAGGUAGUGAAUUGGUGAUGGAGAAGGUGAUGAUUCUCAGGAGAGGCGAAUCGCUUGAUUCGAAGAUGAACAAAGAGGGUUUGAGAAGGAAGACCGGUUGCGAAGUUUACGCCGGAUUCACGUUCUCGAUGUCUCUGUCGUCGAGCGCUCUUCAAAUUCCGUCUUUUCAGAAAAAGUUUUUGUCGAUGGCCGUCGACGACUCCGCAACGCGGGAUCUGAGACGUCUCCUCCGUAUUGCAUGA